GACCCCUCUGCCCAGUGGUGCUCACAUCGGACCGGACCUGACUCAUUCAGCUGUGCACGCUGGGCUUCAGGGCUGUAAAUUACUUAUUUGUUCCGAACGGAACCAAAUUACCGGGUUACAGUUUGUCGGACCGUUCAACAGCUCAGAGAGCCACAAAGCAUGGCGGCUUGAAUAACCCGCUGGUUGUGUAACUCUGGAAACAAGCUUCCAAUAAAGUGUCUGAGAGCUGAAACGACCCUGUUAACAACCAAGAAGAGUACAUCUUCGCUUACAGCAAUGAGCAGCAGCAUCAAGGAAGAACCCCGCAGCGCCUCGCCUCUCUGCCCCAAACCCAAUGAGUCCGAGGAGCCCCUGGGCACGGCCAUGGAGACCAGAACGGACGGCGGUGUGAAGUCAGACGAGCCAUCUGAGGUCGUCAUCACCAAGGAGAUGGAGGCGGAGGAGCAGCAGCUGAUGGAGGAAGGGGAGCGGAAAGAGGAGGAGAUGAUGAAGAAGGCCCAGGAGUCCUGGCAGAAGGACUCUCAGGACAUGCGCUUCAAGAGGCUGCAGCAUCUUCUUCAGAAGAGCAACAUCUACUCCAAGUUCCUGCUUACCAAGAUGGAGCAGCAGCAGCAGGAGGAGAAGUUGAGGAAGGAGAAGCUGGAGAAGAAGGCCAUGAAGGCUGGUUCUGGUGCCGGCGCUGCAGAGAAUCUUAAAGAGUCACAAAAGAAGAAGAGGAAGAGGAAAGAUGAAGACUAUAAAAUAGCUGAUGUCAUGUCUAAGGAGGAGAUCAUGUCUCAAGCCAAAAGGUCCAAAGCAGAGGAAGAGGAUGGAUUACCAUCGGCCCAGAAGAAACUGGACGCCGAGGACAUCGAGAAGAUGAGCGACUCCAACGAGGACAUCAAGAACCGGCUGUCGGAGAAGGUCCGAGAGAAUGCCACACACCUGCUGCACCCCCACAGGAAGGUUAACGGGCAGCCGGUGCCGGUCCAACAGCCGCUGCUGUUCACUGGCGGAGUCAUGAGGCCGUACCAGAUCGAAGGCGUCGAGUGGCUGAGGAUGCUGUGGGAGAACGGCAUCAACGGGAUACUGGCUGACGAGAUGGGGCUGGGGAAGACCAUCCAGUGCAUCGCCCACAUCGCCAUGAUGCUGGAGAAGAAGGUGAUGGGCCCCUUCCUGGUGGUGGCCCCUCUGUCCACGGUGCCAAACUGGAUCAGCGAGUUCAAGCGUUUCACGCCAGAGGUCUCUGUGAUGCUUUAUCACGGCACCCCCCCAGAGAGGGCCAAGCUGCUGAAGCAGAUCCGCACGUCUCAGGGGCCCCUCAACAUGUUCCCUGUAGUCAUCACAUCCUUUGAGAUCUCCAUGAUUGACAGAACCUUUCUACAGAAAUGCAACUGGAAGUACCUGAUUGUGGACGAGGGCCACAGGAUCAAAAACCUAAACUGUCGGUUAGUGCGGGAGCUGAAGAGACUUCCCACGGACAACAAGCUGCUGCUGACGGGCACGCCGCUGCAGAACAACCUGGCCGAGCUCUGGUCCCUCCUCAACUUCCUGCUCCCAGAGGUCUUUGAUGACCUGAAGAGCUUCGAGUCCUGGUUCGACAUCAGCUCCCUCGGUGACGUUGAUGACGUGCUGGUGGCGGAGCGCGAGCAGAACAUCCUGAGCAUGCUGCACCAGAUUCUGACGCCGUUCCUGCUCAGGAGACUGAAGUCUGAUGUGACACUGGAGGUUCCCCCGAAGAAAGAGAUCAUUGUCUACGCCCCCCUGACCACCAAGCAGGAGAGCCUUUACAGCGCUGUGGUCAACAACACCAUCUCCAAGCUGCUUGGCCAGGAGAAGAAGGAGGCUCCUGUGGCGGUGACAUCAGGCGGCAGACCGAAGCGCCGCACCCGGAGGUUGGUGGACUACAGAGAGACGGAGAGCGAUACGGCGGCGGCGCUGGAGGGGUACCUGGAGAGAGUCCGCCGGGAGGCCGAGGUCAGCCCCCUCCCCCCGGUGCUGGACGUCCAGGCCCCAGCGAACGCUGAGAUCAACCUGAAGCUGACAAACAUCCUGAUGCUGCUGAAGAGAUGCUGCAAUCACCCGUACCUGGUGGAGUACCCGCUGGACGCUCUGCAGCAGUUCAAGAUCGAUGAACAGCUGGUUCAGACCUCAGGGAAGCUCCUCAUCCUGGACCGGCUGCUGCCUGCCCUUAAGGAGCGAGGACACAAGGUUCUGAUCUUCAGCCAGAUGACGUCCAUCUUGGAUAUUCUGAUGGACUAUUGCUACCUGCGUGGCUUCCUCUACAGCCGACUGGAUGGCAGCAUGUCCUUCACUGACAGAGACGAGAACGUGAGUCUCUCUGUUCGUAGAAAAUGCNGUACUAGAACAGAACAGGCUUCCAGCAGGUCCUUAAAAUGUCUUAUAGGGCAUUAAAUUCUUCAAUAUCAA